AUGAGUGCGGCGGCAACUGCAGGGAAGCUGGCGCGGGCACCGGCCGACCCUGGGAAAGCAGGGGUCCCCGGAGUGGCGGCUCCCGUGGCCCCCGCGGCCGCUCCCCCGGCGAAAGAGAUCCCAGCUAAGAUCCCAGAGGUCCUAGUGGACCCGCGUAGCCGGCGCCGCUAUGUGCGGGGUCGCUUUUUGGGCAAAGGAGGCUUCGCCAAGUGCUUCGAGAUCUCCGACGCAGACACCAAGGAGGUGUUCGCAGGCAAGAUCGUGCCUAAGUCUCUGCUGCUAAAGCCGCACCAGAAGGAGAAGAUGUCCAUGGAGAUUUCCAUUCACCGCAGCCUCGCCCACCAGCACGUCGUGGGCUUCCACGGCUUUUUCGAGGACAACGACUUCGUCUUCGUGGUGUUGGAACUUUGUCGCCGGAGGUCUCUCCUGGAGCUGCACAAGAGGAGGAAAGCUCUGACGGAGCCGGAGGCCCGCUACUACUUGCGGCAGAUCGUUCUUGGAUGCCAGUACCUGCACAGGAACCGGGUUAUUCACCGGGACCUCAAGCUGGGUAACCUCUUUCUGAAUGAGGAUCUGGAGGUGAAAAUAGGGGAUUUUGGAUUGGCAACCAAAGUCGAAUAUGAUGGGGAGCGGAAGAAGACCCUGUGCGGGACUCCUAAUUACAUAGCUCCUGAGGUGCUGAGCAAGAAAGGGCACAGUUUCGAGGUGGAUGUGUGGUCCAUUGGGUGCAUCAUGUAUACCUUGUUAGUGGGCAAACCGCCUUUUGAGACCUCUUGCCUAAAAGAGACCUACCUCCGGAUCAAGAAGAACGAAUACAGUAUUCCCAAGCACAUCAACCCCGUGGCCGCCUCCCUUAUCCAGAAGAUGCUUCAGACGGAUCCCACUGCCCGCCCAACCAUUAAUGAGCUGCUUAACGAAGAGUUCUUUACUUCUGGCUACAUCCCUGCCAGGCUCCCCAUUACCUGCCUCACCAUUCCACCAAGGUUUUCAAUUGCCCCCAGCAGUCUGGACCCCAGCAGCCGGAAGCCUCUCACGGUCCUCAAUAAAGGCAUGGAGAACCCUCCACCUGAGCGUCCCCGGGAAAAAGAGGAGCCUGUGGUUCGGGAGACAGGCGAGGCAGUCGACUGCCACCUUGGUGACAUGCUGCAGCAGCUACACAGUGUCAAUGCCUCCAAGCCUUCAGAGCGAGGCCUAGUGCGGCAAGAGGAGGCUGAAGAUCCUGCCUGCAUUCCCAUCUUUUGGGUCAGCAAGUGGGUAGACUAUUCGGACAAGUACGGCCUCGGCUAUCAGCUGUGUGACAACAGUGUAGGGGUGCUCUUCAAUGAUUCAACACGCCUUAUCCUGUACAAUGAUGGUGACAGCCUGCAGUACAUAGAGCGUGAUGGUACUGAGUCCUACCUCACUGUCAGUUCCCAUCCUAACUCCUUGAUGAAAAAGAUAACCCUCCUUAAGUAUUUCCGCAAUUACAUGAGUGAACACCUGCUGAAGGCAGGUGCUAACAUCACACCACGGGAAGGCGAUGAGCUUGCCCGGCUACCCUACCUGCGCACCUGGUUCCGCACUCGAAGCGCCAUCAUCCUGCACCUCAGCAAUGGCAGUGUACAGAUCAACUUCUUCCAGGACCACACCAAACUCAUCCUGUGUCCAUUGAUGGCAGCCGUGACCUACAUCGAUGAGAAGCGGGACUUCCGCACAUACCGCCUGAGCCUCCUCGAGGAGUAUGGCUGCUGUAAGGAGCUGGCCAGCCGACUCCGCUACGCCCGCACCAUGGUGGACAAGCUGCUGAGCUCACGCUCAGCCUCCAACCGCCUCAAAUCUUCCUCCUAGACCUCCUUCCCCUCCGGACUUGUGCCCCUCUUCACUCCCACCAGCACCUGGGGCCUACUCUUGUGAGCACCCAUGGUGCCAUUUUUGUCACGUGCCCCCCCCAGCCCUGGGGGCUGGGGAGAGCUAUGUCACUUUUGCGGGCAGGGGUUGCCAUGUAAGUUAUUUUUGUACAUGUUCGGGUGUGGGUUCUGUGGCCUCUUCCUCUCCCCCCACCCCCACCAUAUGCAUUGUACAGAAUAUUUCUAUUGAAUUCAGGACUGUCCUUUCCUUGGCUUUAUACACAUUAAACACAUGUGAAUCUUUCA